AUGAUUUGCCGCAAGAAUAAGCCGAAACUCAUCUUCUUUCUUGAUCACCAAGGCUCUCCAACUUCGACCGACCAUGGUGAGAAUAAUUUUGAGAUGAAUGAAUAAUUUUUGAUUUUCAGAAGAUAUUGGGACAUCCGUGGUCACUUCUGACCGGAUUCCCAGAAUUCUCGUUGUGAGAAGUUUUGACUUAUUUUGUUUCAUUUUCGCUAUGGGCUCUUAUCUUUUCGAUUUCUUCUCCGACAUUGCGGUGGGAAUCGCGCAUUUACACGCUGGUCGAGUGAGUUUCCAUUAUCCAAACCUUUUUUUUAAUCAUAUUUCCUGGUUUUCAGAUUGUUUCCGGAUGCCUUGUAAUACUUUUUUCUCUCUUACCUUCUUUCAUUCUGAACAUCGUGACAUUCGUCUGGAUUCUUGACGAUGAUGUUAGAAUAAGUAGGAAACCUACGGACAAGCCUCGGCAAGAGACCACGAAAUCUGAGAAUUCCAAGUUUCUCUCUUUGUUUUCUGCUACAGUCUUGUGUGUUUGUCAGGUUUGUGAAUUAUAUCCUGAUUUUAUUUUUUUUUCUUUAAUUCUUCUCAGCUGGGUCCCUUAUUCUGGUAUUACAAAGCUUUUCAUUAUGGACAAGAGUUCAAGAAAAACAAAGACGAAACCGAAAAACGACGGUUGUUCUUUCGGAUGGUGGAAGCUGAGCGAGAUGCAACCUUACUGAGGUAACCCUUCAAUUUUCGGUUUUCAAUAAAAUAUUUUAUUCAGAUUCUUUGAAGCUUAUCUUGAAUCCGCACCGCAGUUAAUCAUUCAAGGAACAAUGAUAAUUGAUUUUUUGUGGAUUCGUCACGCAACCGUUUCGCCUGCACCUUUGCCAUUUUGGGGUAAUUCAAAUUUAUUAAUAGUUUUUUUUUCAUCUUUUUACAUUUCAGUUUAUCUACAAUGCGUCUCCAUGAUAAUAUCCGUUAUCAGUAUAUCCUGGUCAAUAAUCGUUCAAAACCGGAGCGUGAGAAUGGUUAGAGAUGACAAAGUAAAUAUUUAUCCACACGAAGCUGUCCUACAGGUUUUCUUUCAACCAAAAACAAAAUACAAAACUUAUUUCAGUUCCUGUGGCGGAUUUCGACUGUUUUUUCGCGACUCCUUGUAAUUUGUUUUGCCGUUUUAUUCUUCAAGUCUUGCGUAAUUCCAAUGGUCGCCAUUCAUGUGUUAAUGUCAAUUAUUCACGUAUCAAUGCUUCAGGUUCGGAACUUUUUCCGUUUGAAGUAGUUAUCGAAUUUUUUUUUGCAGUUCGUAGUUUUGGAAGGACUGUCAGGGUUGGAAAUAGCUCUCGUGCUUAUAAAUGCGGCGAUCCAUGUUUUCACACCUUUCAACAUGGCCGAAGGAGAUACUCGUUUUCGAUAUUUUGCCGCAUAUUUGAUUGAGUUCAUAGAGAUGCAAGUUUGUUAUUUUCAAACUUUUUCCACAAAAAAUUUUUUUUCUCAGAUAUUCUUUCUUCUACUGCCUCCAUUCGCUUUGCUUUUCCCACAUAUCAGCUUUAUCCGAUGGAUCGCCACGGGAACAUUCGCCACUGGUACUAUUUAAUUGUUUUCCUUGACCCAAUCUUUUUUUUAGGUCUUAUUUUCAUGAUGAUUUAUUACAACUUCUUUCAUCCAAACAGAAGAAGGCACAAACGUAUUCCGCCGACGAAUGA